CCCCCCGCGCGGGGCGGGCGGGGAUCCACGGGUUUCGCUCCGCGUUCGUAGCAGAGAAGGGAGGACCCUUGGGAACCGGACCCUGGUCGCCCGGUCCUGUUCUAGCUUGGGCCCACAUGGAGGAGAUCGCGGAGCCCCAGACGCCUGACUUGCGAGACGUGGAGGGCAAGGUGGGCAGGAAGACCCCCGAAGGACUGCUCCGCGGGCUUCGAGGCGAGUGCGAGCUGGGAACCUCUGGGGAUGUGCUGCUCCCGGGGGCGCCCAGCACCGGCCACGGCCUAGGGGACAAGAUCAUGGCGCUGAGGAUGGAGCUGGCUUACCUUCGAGCUAUCGACGUGAAGAUCCUGCAGCAGCUGGUGACCUUGAACGAGGGCAUUGAGGCAGUGCGUUGGCUGCUGGAGGAGAGGGGCACACUGACCAGCCACUGCAGCAGUCUCACCAGCAGUCAGUAUAGUCUGACAGGGGGAAGCCCAGAACGCUCAAGGCGGGGCAGUUGGGACAGCCUGCCAGACACCAGUUCAACUGACCGGCUGGACAGUGUCUCUAUUGGCAGCUUCUUGGACACUGUGACCCCCAGGGAGCUGGAUGAACAAGGACUCCCUGGGCCUUCCUGUCCUGAGAUUGACUGGGCAAAGGUUAUUCCCAGUGAGGACAGGGCCAGGAUUGAGGUGGACAUGACAUCCACCAAGCUAGGGAGCUUAACAGCGACAUGGAAGCUCCCAGGGGAUGGGCUCCAGUGUGGACCACCUGAGCCAUCAGAAGAUGACAAUGCUAAGCAGGGCUUUGAGGCUCAUUGGUACUGGGGACAGUGCCAGGAUGAUGUGACCUUCUUGUAAAAACUUUCCUACCCAUUUGUACUUUGUGGUUCUUUUGGCCCAAGUCUCCCUCAAUUUUCCCUCCACCUCCAACUAGACGGAGGCUGUACUACAAUUGGUUACCGUGGAAGCCUGGCUUAUCUCUCUGGUUCCUGGGGAACCUCUGUACUUAUCCCUCAAUUAUUGGGUCCCUAGAGCUAUUUCUAUAGAGAUACUGACUCUAGAGGCCUAGCCUGUGGCUCCUGAUGUAAGGGUAUCUCCAUGCCUCUCCCCAGUAAGGUGAGUUUUAUGGAAUGUAGGGCCUCUAAGAGAUCACUGAAGAAGAGAUGGGGGAGUAAUUACCUCACCCAGAGCCUAGGAGCCAGGAUGCUUCUUAUAAAAAAGUGGAGAAUCAACCCUGUCUCACAUGCUCAGACCUCCAUGGAACGGCCCUUCCAGAUACCUUUGGAGUUGAGGGACCAACCCUUCAUGCCUGCUGGGUGAUGUCAUUGCUUGUUAUGAUACAUAAAGAGUGCUUCCUCUAUACCAGUUACUGGUGGGUGUGGCACUUAAUGUCCCUGCCACUGCCUCUUGUGAGAGGGAACAUAUUGCUUUUCCUGCCGAAUGUGUGUGCUGCUUUCCUCAAGUUUUUACUUUUCAAACAUGGUGUUUUCAUGUUGCACCCAAGGACUUCACUUCUUUGGCUACAUCUCUGUUCAGGACUGUCAGGAUACUCUGAUCCAGUAAGAAACUCGGCCUCCACCUAGGCUCCCAAAUCUGCCUGGCUCACUUUACUGCAGACUCUUCUCUGGCCCUGGGCUGCCCUCAUCCCUGAUUCCUGCCUCCAGAUCUGUCAGCCAGGAGUUCAGUCUGAGUGUCUUCACACCUUCUUAGUUUCCUUUUUAGGCCUCUGCAGGUUUUUUGUUUUGUUUUUGGAGACAGGGUUUUUCUGUGUAUGUCCUGGAACUCAGUCUGUAGAUCAGGCUAGCCUGGAACUCAGAGAUCUGAUUACCUCAGCCUCCUGGGUGCUGGAGUUAAAAGUGUGUGCUACUGCCGCCUAGCUAGACCUCUACAUUUUGUCUCUUAUCCCACUGUUGCUUGGGAAUAAGGAAAAUGAAGGUCUCAGGGUUCUGGAGACGCUCUUGGAUAGUGGGAUGAUCUUGUCAUCUCUGACUCUGUGCUCACUUACCCUUCCCUCAUUCUGGCCAGCCUUCCACAAUUUGGUCACAAGGAUGCUUGCCUGAAAUUGAGACACAAGGAAUCUUUUUGUCUGAGGGACAGUGUGGGAGUGUACAGGAAAACACAGAGGCCCUUUGGUCCCUGGGCCUCAUCAAGGAGAAGAGACUAUGCAAAGUCCUUCUUUAGGACAAGCUCAUGACUCCUGAACUUGAUGGAUAAUCAGGACUGGCUCUAGGGUUGGAUUCCAAGGCCCUAGCUAAUUAUACCAGAGAAGAAAUUCAGAGAAAUUGCUAUUUUGGGUUCAGGCCCAGAGAAAGGGGAUGGGGUAUGGGCAGAGUAGGGGACAAAGAAUGUGGUUAAUACCUGGACAAAUAAGCAAGGUAUGCUGGUGUAUGCAUUUCAUCUGGGCACUCAGGAGGCAGAGUUGGAUGCAUCUCCAUGAGUUCCAGGCCAGCCAAGGCUAUAAUACAUAGUGAGACCCAGUCUCAAAAAACAAUCAAAGAAACCAGAAUGUCUUCUUGGCGAUUAACCCUUUGAGCCCCAGGUAACUGCCCUGUCUUCCCCAUCUCAUGUUGGGGAAGGGGAGGUAGCCAAGUUGACUGUGUCUACUCUCCUGUCUCCAAGCUCCAAUGCCUCAAUAGUUAUUUUGCAACCACCAAAUCCAACAGCAGUACAGUCUCUGGCUCUUUAAAGUCCCUCUCCUCCCCUGCCUCUAAAUGAUCACAUUCCUAAAGUGACUCAGCCUCUGCUGUUGCCAGAUCUCCUUACUAUGCCUAUAGCUCUGGGACUCAGACCUCUCCUUACUGUGCCCAUAGCUCUGUGACUCCUGCUUUCUUACCCUCAGACUGGAAUUUUGAAUGCCGUAUCCCAGUCCAUACUCUGAGCUCAUCUCUGACUGCUCUCUUUCCUCUUUGAAUCUAUUGCCUUCCAUUUUCUGAGGCUCAUUUCUUCGGCUUUAAACUGAGCUCACUGAAGAGAUUGCCUGCCUCCUUGUGGCCAAUUAUGCAACACUGAGUUGCUGAGUGAAAUCUCCAAGUUUAAAUGUAAUUCAGACUAGCCUUUAAGCACAGAGAGGAUUAGGCCGAGAGAUGGGAUAGAUUUGCCUAACUGUACCUGUUGUGAAAGUGUAACUGUGUUACAGACCUUACUGUCUGCUUGCAAACCCACAGCAUACCUAUUACCCAGUCAACCCCCCAAAGCCCAAAAGAUUUGGAAACUCUUUUUCUGGUUGUAAGACUUGAGAGCUAUCUGGGUAUAGUGGCACACACCUGGCAUGUAAUCCUAGCACUGGAUACAGAGCAGGGGUUCAAAGUCAUCUUCAGCUGCACAGCAAGUUCAAGGUCGGCCUGACUGUAUUGACUAUAUGAGACCCACUGUCCGUCGUGUCUCUGUCUGUCUCUCACACACAAACACACACACCCUACCUCUAAAGAGUCAAUUGAGUCUUUAGAAGAAGGACAGGGAUUCCGACCUGACUAGGUAAAAGGCAUGCUGGUCUGGACAUCAGAUAGGCAAACCCAGACUAAUAAUUUUUUUCUGGGGAAGAAAGGUGAAAUGGCUCAGGUAUGGGGGAGAGGUUAGCACUCUGGAGCUGGAGCUUAGAAGAUGGGUUGGGUGAAAUUAGGAAAGCCAAACUGAUCUUGUAAAGGUGAAGGUGAACCACAGUUCAGAAAUGAUUUGAAAACGUUGGACAGGACAUGCGUGAGUGAUUUUUGAGAUUCCAGUGUUUACCUUGUUUUGAGACAGGAUCUCAAUACAUAGCACUGGCUGUCCUAGAACUCAACAUUGUAGGCCAGGCUAGCCUCAAACUCACAAAGAUCUGCCUGCCUCUCCCUACCAAGUGCUAGGAUUGAAGGUGUGUACCACUGUAUCCAGAGUUAUUAUUGUCUUUAAAGUUUUUCUUUUAGAAAGCAUCUAUAUUGUAGCCAGUGUUGGCAUGACACUCACUAUGUAGCCCAGUCUUGUCUUGAACACAUGAGCAAUCCUCCUGCCUCAGCUUCCUGAGUGUUGGAAUUACAAGUGUGAGCUACCCCACUUGGCUUUGGGUAUCCUGUCUUAAUUUUAGACUUCAUCAUCUGAGGAGACCAUGAGCAGAUAUAUCCUGGGUCCAUCCUAGCUGCCUCUAGACUGCCUGGUUGAGACCUGGGUGGGGUGUCAUGUUAGCAUGAACCUUUAAGAGUUACAGGUAGGAGCUGUUUGCGAGCUCAGCAGAGGUUAGAGAUGCAAAGAGAGAGAAGAGAGACGAAAGCAGGACGGGGUCUGAGCAGAGGAAGCACAUUGCUCUCCACUUAUGUUGGGGUCUUCCUCAGAACUCAUAAUUCCAAGAUGGCAGCUUUGGAAACAGGACCUGGGAAGGGUAAGAUGGGUCUGGCCACCCUGAUUUCAUCUGUCUAGGCAACAUGAGACUGUGGGAGAGGUCAGGUGUUAGGUGUAUUCUUGGUAGAAGUGGGGAGUGGUGGUGGUUGAAUGAAAGCUUAGUGGCAGUUCCAGUUAGAAAUAUUUGGGGUUACAGUGAACAUGAGCUCAUUGUGGGUACAGUGCCAGGUCCAUGUUGAGUAUUUAGUUACACACGCUCAAAGAAUACUGUGUAGAUAUCCACAAGGAAAUGUAAGAUAGAAAAAGAAAAUUAACCUGGCUUACACAUUAAGCAUUUAAAAACAUUAAUUCUUAAUCCUAGAAACAACUCGUUGUUACCAACAUGAUGUUGCUUAGAAAUUUGCUAAUUUCAGAUAGGUAACAAUAAGCCAGAGUAGGAUGAAGUCAAUGUGACCGUAAGGCCUUCCAGGAAAGCCAUGGCUCCUAGCUUCCCCCCACCCCUGUCACUCUUUCCUAUUCCUCCUAGGAGAACAGGCAGUAUACUGGUUUGUUGUUGCUGAUGUAAUGAAUUACUAUAAACUCAGUGGCUUAAAAAUCAGUUAGGCUGGGCAUGCUGGCACAUGCUGGCACAUGCUGGCACAUGCUGGCAAUCCCAGCUCUCAGGAGGCUGGGGCAGGCAGAUUGCAAGUUUGAGGGUGGCCUCAGGAAAGGAUUCAGACUUGGGAGAAAAUCCUUAGGAUUUUUAAAACUUGUAGUUCUUGUGACCAAGGGUUUCUGCAGGCUGGGUUCUUGGCAGUUUCUCCUUUUCAGUACCAUUGUGUUUGCCUAUUCCUCCAGGCAUAGGUAAUUACACUCCCAGCAGACUAACUCGGGCUCUCCCUGGGAAGCAGACAUGUCUCUUUUUAAAUGGUUUUUAUUCCUUAGUGGUUAAUUAUCAUUGAUACUAGACUCAGUUUUUUUUCUUUUGGUUCCUGAUCCCUAGUCUCAGUUUUCUCUUGGACAGAGGUAUUCACUCAAACGUAUCAAUGUUUGGAAACGCAUCUUUAAUUUGUGUAUGUGUUUGUGCACAUGUGCAUGGAUAUAUGAUUCUGUGUUUUUAUGUGUUUUAAAGUGUAUAAAUGGUUAUUUGAUGGUAAACUAACUUCUCUAAUGAGCUGCUCUCCUGUUUCAGUGACAACACAAUGGAAGGCUUGUUUUUCACUUAUUCUACAGAGUACAGUAUUUCUGGGCACCAUCCUCCCUUGCACAUGGCAGGCGCCAGCCUCCUCCCAAUUUUAGGUGUGAUAGCCAUAAACUUUCCUACCAACUUUUCACCUUACUGUCCACUGAUGAUCCCUCUAUUCACUGGGAUUACAAAAAUAUGAUUUCCUGACACUAUUAGUACACUUUCAUUUAUAAGUCUAAUUCUGUACAGAAAAACUUCACGCCUCAGAGGACCAUUUAGAUAAUCUGAAAAUAAAGUUCAUACCAAUGAUAAGUGUG